AUGUCUGCUCUGGUCCCAGCGAUGACGCCGCGGCGGUACAUCGUCCUGGUCGUCGCGCUCGUCAUAUCCCUCCACUACGUCCUCAGCUUCGCAUUCAAGGGCUAUGGCAGCGCGACGUCCCUCUCCGGCUUGUCCUUCUCCGCGGACGCGGUCAACACGGACUCCACGCUCGACAUUGACGUGAUCUCCACGAACCACUCCCCGGACGCGCUCUAUGGCGGCGCGCCCCCGCAGCCCGCGCGCGCGAACGCCACCUUCGUCUUCCUAUGCCGGAAUAAGGACCUCCCCGGCGUCGUGUCCAGCAUGCAGGCCAUGGAGGACCGCUUCAACCGGAAGUACAACUAUCCUUGGGUGCUCCUGAACGAGGAGCCCUUCACGGAGGAGUUCAAGCAGCGGGUGUCAGUCCUGACGAGGGCGCCCAUCUCAUUCGGCCUGAUCCCCCGGGAGCACUGGGUGCAGCCGGACUGGAUCGACGAGUCCCUGGCGCGGAAGGGCCGUUUGAGCAUGAUGGCGCAGCGUAUCAUCUAUGGAGGCAGUGUCUCCUACCGCAAUAUGUGCCGCUUCAACUCUGGCUUCUUCUUCCACCACGAGCUACUGCAGCCGUACCGGUACUACUGGCGACCGGACGUGAAGUUCUUCUGUGACAUCGACUACGAUCCUUUCAUCUACAUGCAGGAGAACGAGAAGGUUUACGGCUUCACCAUCUCCUUGUACGAGUGGGAACCUACUAUUCCUACGCUAUGGGACUCGGUGAAAGAGUUCAUGGCAGAGUACCCGCAGUACAUCUCUCCCCAGAACUCGAUGGACUUCUUGUCGGACGAUGGUGGCGAGCACUAUAACCUGUGCCACUACUGGAGCAACUUCGAGAUCGCGGACAUGGACUUCUGGAGAGGCGAAGCCUACCAGAAGUUCUUCGACUUCCUCGAGCACAAGGGUGGCUUUUACUACGAGCGCUGGGGAGACGCGCCCGUGCACAGCAUCGCAGCAUCCUUGUUCGCGCGCAAGGACCAGGUCCACUUCUUCCGCGACAUCGGCUACCGGCAUGAGCAAAUCCAGCACUGUCCGAUGGGCGACCUGUGGUCGGCCGGCCGCUGCGCGUGCGACCCGAAUGAUUCCUUCGACUACCACAUCAACUCCUGCGUCCGCCGCUUCGAGUCACUAUACGCGUAA